UGCGUCAUGGAAUUUGUCUAAGAACGUUCCAUCGAAUACAAGGGAAGCUCGCCAUCUUUGAAGACGACUAGUCGGAAGAAAUUGCCAGUUUCUUUGUUAAUAAAUUUGAACUAACCAAAAAAACCAACUCUUUCAUACCUUAUUAUCGUAAGGAGGAAGAUGCGCCACUCAAAACGAAUGCGCUCCCCAGGUGUCUGGCUCGACGAGUACAGCUGGGAAGAGAGAAUGGAGUGUAGCAAACGUAGGAAACGAGAUUCGCACAGCAGCGAAAGAGAAAAUAAGUCCAGAAGAACCCACCGUCACCACAAGACUUAUGAAGGGCAGUACCUGGAGACCCGCAGUUUGAACCAGAGGCUGGACGUUCGGGACAGACUAAGUGUGGACAUGGCCUGCGAGGAAGACAGCCGUGACGGCACCUGCAAGGAAAGAGACCGGGACUGGCACCACUACAGCAAGUCUUCUGGGCGUAGUGGGCGCAGUGGGCGCAGCAGGCGAAGCAGCCGCAAGCACAGAGACGGAAGGCGCAGGCGUAGCCAAUCUCGCCACAGGUCCUCCACGAGGAGGAGCCAUCACCGCAGGAGCAGGAAAAGAUCCAGGAGUGUUGAGGAUGAUGGCGAGGGUCACCUCAUCUAUCACAGUGGAGACAUGCUGAGAGCGAGAUAUGAGAUUGUGUGUACUCUAGGAGAGGGUGCCUUUGGGAAGGUUGUUGAAUGCAUUGAUCACUCUAAUGAUGGAGCUCGAGUGGCUCUGAAGAUCAUUAAAAACAUAGACCGCUACCGCGAGGCAGCUAUGUCUGAGGUAGAGGUGCUUGAACAGUUGAAGUCCCUCGAUUCUGAUAAGAGAUAUGCUUGUGUUCAAAUGCUGGACUGGUUUGACUACCACGGCCACAUUUGUAUUGCCUUUGAGCUGCUUGGCCUCAGCACCUAUGAUUUCCUCAAGGAAAACAACUUCCAGCCUUUCCCUGUUGAACACAUCAGGCACAUGGCAUACCAGAUCAUCCAAGCUGUGCGAUUUCUACAUAAGAACAAGCUGACGCACACAGAUCUGAAGCCUGAGAACAUUCUCUUCAUUGAUUCAAACUAUGAUAUGGAGUACAACCCCGAAAUGAAACGAGACGAACGAACUCUGAAACACCCAGACGUGAAAAUUGUGGACUUUGGUAACGCCACAUAUGAACAUGAGCACCACACCUCUGUGGUGUCAACACGUCACUACCGUGCUCCUGAAGUCAUUUUAGAUCUGGGCUGGGACCAUUCCUGUGAUGUCUGGAGUGUAGGCUGUAUACUCAUUGAGUACUACCUUGGAUCCACUCUCUUCCAGACCCAUGACAGCAAAGAGCACCUCGCUAUGAUGGAGAGAGUCCUGGGACCCAUCCCCCCAAACCUCCUGCAGAAAACCAAGAGAAAGCGCUAUGUUCACCGUUGCAAGCUUGACUGGGAUGUUCACAGCUCGUCUGGGAGAUAUGUCAGGAAACACUGCAAACCCCUUAAGCAUUACAUGAUGUCUAAGAGCGAGGCCCACCAGCAGCUGUUUGACCUUAUAGAGAAAAUGAUGGAGUAUGACCCAGCUAAGCGCCUCAGUCUGGAACAGGCCCUUCGCCAUCCCUUCUUCUCCUGCUUCCGCAAGAGCAGCAGUAGCAGCAGCAACAGCAGAAGCAGCAGCAACAGAAGAAGCAGCAGCAGCAGCAGUAGCAGCAAAAAAGACUGAACUCCUGAAUCUGUAAACCUCUGACCUGUAACCUCGGUCAGGGCUCGGCUGUCAACAUGACAUUUAUCAGGGUGCUCUGUGCCAGCCUCUACUUCCUGACUCUCCAGGAGAGGUGUACCUCAACCGACUGCAUCAGUCCACUGCCCUGCUUUGCUGUGUCCUGUCCUACGCCAGUGUGUUCUUUAGUCUGACUCAUCGACUUAUGUUUUCUUCUGUGGCAUGUUUUGAUGUAAUGAAUCCCCUCCCCCCAGUGAUUUCUAUUUAUUUGCCAUUGUAAUUUAAUUUGUAGCUUCUAAGCAUAUGCUGGUAGAGCUGUUGGUUUUAUUCAUGAUGAGCCCUAAGUGUGUCCAUGUUCUCUCUAUGCAUUGUCAAGUUGGGUGAGGGUUAGCAGGAUAAUUGUUGUUAAUACCCUGUCGGUCUCACCAGUGAUAACUUAUUCAGCUUUGUUGGAUGUACUAGGAAAAGAAAAAAAAAAAGCUAUUGCGGGCAGUUAAAAUGUUGUACAUACGGUUUGUUAAGAUGUUUGUUUUUUCACUGACUGGUAAUGUAACUUUUGCAGUAUCAUGUACAUUUUUCUCAAUAAACUUGAUGACAGAA